AGGACCGCGUGCGCGCGCGCCCGCGCACACGCACAGCGGUGGGUUUGGGCGACACCUCAGGUGGCUUCUUCUUCUUGUUGUUGUUGUUGUUGUUGUUGUUGUUUGCAGCGGGGAACUCGAAGAAGAAUUUGCCUCUUCUUCGCUCCUCUCACAUGGAGCGCGAACCGGUUGAGGAGCAAUCGCGAGGGGAUCCCGAGCGCAAUGCAAAGUGGGCAAUUCCGAUCGUCAUCGUGCAGGGCACAUCCUCUUGUUUGCGCUGCUUAAACCUGCUCGCAACACUUUCUCCUCGCUGUCCCUGAAGAAGAAGAAGAAGAAGAAGAAGAAGAAGAAGGAGAAGGAGAAGGAGACGGAGGAGGGGGAGGAGCAGGAGGAGGAUGAUGAUGGCUCUCCUCGUCCUGCUUCUGCAAACGGGGCUCGUUUUGGGCUCCAACUACGGCUACGUGGAGUGGUCGGAAAACCACCGAGACGAGAACCCUCCGGCGUUGAGCAGCGCCCAAAGCAUCGACGCAUCCGAGCAGCAGCAGCAGCGGCCGGCGACCGAGCGCACGGUCGUGGCGCACAAAAUCGAGGAGGACCUCCCGAGGGUGGUGACCGCCUUCCUCCACAGCGGCGACUCGUCGGCGCUGAGGCAGGUCAAGUGCUCGCGGAGGUACGAGCUGAGCAGCCUGCGGGGCGGCGCGCGCGUCGCCUCGCACUACUCGCUGCACGGCAUCCUGGAGACCGUGACGCACGCCGCCAACUUUUUGAACACGAUCCUGCAGGCCAACAGCUCCCGAGAGGACACCUGGCAGCGGGACCUUCGGUGGUAUCGCGCGCUGGUUCGGCGCAUGCUCGAGGGGGACCCCAAAAUCCACAGGGCCGCGGUGAGCUUCCGCGGGGACUCACCGGCGCCCGGCACGCACGUCUCGCUGCAGGCGACCAGGAGCGAGCAGGAGGUGCUGCUGCAGGAGAGCGGGAGCCCCGAUCGGUCCGGCUGGGUCAACGGAAGGAGGGCGGACCCCAAGACUGGAGUUCACCUUCUGGACAAGGAGCAGAUCAGGUGGUCCGCGCCCUACCUGGAGUGCGACAGCGGGGCUUUCGUGCCCUUUUGGCUUCUCACCUUGUCCGCCGGCUUCUACGGACUCGAGAGAGAUUCGGGCCUCCGAUUCAGGGGUGCGGUCCGCGUGGACGUCAACUUGCAGGAUGUGGAUAUCGACCAGUGCUCCGACAGCGGCUGGUUUGCCGGGACACAUCGCUGCAAUCUUACCAGUAUGGAAUGCACGCCCAUCGCUGGCCACGGAUUUGUGUUGGACAAAUAUAAGUGCCAAUGCAGGAGAGGAUUUUACCAUCCGAGCCGUGUGGCACUCAACGGCUUUAAAACUACGGAGCGGGGCUCUCGCAGAGACGACGUUUCCGACGCGGCCGGCAAGUGCCUCCCUUGCCGGGCGGGCUGCCCCUACUGCAGAGACGACACGCCCUGCGUGGCCCGGGAGGACGGCGGCCUGCGGCUGGCCGCCGCCUCCUUCCAAGGUCUGUGCGUGCUGCUGGACUUGGCCAGCAUGGUGGCGCUCUACCACUUCAGGAGAAGUAAGAGUAUCCGCACAUCUGGAUUCAUUCUGCUGGAGGCAAUCUUGUUUGGGGCUUUGCUGCUCUACUUCCCUGUCAUGAUACUGUAUUUCCACCCCAGUGUGUUCCGCUGCAUUCUCCUGAGAUGGGUUCGCCUGCUGGGUUUCGCCAUCAUGUACGGCACCGUCGUCCUCAAGUUAUACAGAGUGUUAAAGGUGUUCUUGUCACGUACGGCGCAAAGGGCGUCCUACGUGACCAGCUGGCGGGUCCUGAGGAUGCUGACCAUAAUCCUGUCGGUGGUGUCGUGGUUUCUGGUGGCCUGGACGUCCGCAGUGUGCCAGAACCCCGAGCCGAGUCGGGCCUUAAUCGCAGCCGGCCUCUCGUCGGAGGGGCUGCGGUUUAGUAUGUGCCUGCUGGACCGCUGGGACUACAUGAUGGCUCUCGCGGAGUUGCUGUUCCUGCUGUGGGGCGUCUACCUGUGCUACGCCGUCCGAUCAAUUCACUCCGCCUUCCACGAGCCGCGCUACAUGACGGUGGCCAUCUACAACGAGCUCCUGCUAUCGGCUGUCUUCCACCUCAUCAGGUUCUCUGUGGCGCCGGGCCUUCACCCUGACUGGAUGCUGAUGCUGAUCUUCGCUCACACUCAUCUAACCGUCACCGUGACCGUGGGAGUUCUUCUUGUUCCAAAGUUUCUGUCCAAAGGGACUCAGGCUCGGGACGACAUUGCCACUGAGGUUUAUGAGGAGGAGCUGGACAUGGGAAGAUCUGGUUCUUACCUCAACAACAGCAUCACCUCGGCCUGGAGUGAGCACAGCUUGGACCCCGACGACAUACGGGAUGAGUUGAAAAAGCUCUACGCCCAGCUGGAAGUCUACAAACGCAAGAAGAUGCUGGCCAACAACCCUCACCUCCAAAAGAAACGCAAUUCCAAAAAGGGCCUCGGCCGUACCCUGAUGAAAAGAAUCACGGAGAUCCCCGAGACCAUGCACCUACACCGCCAGUGCAGCCGAGAAGAUGGCAGCGAACACGGCGGCGACCGCGGCACUUUGAGGAGAAACCACACGGAGACGAGUCAGCACGGGAAACCUCGAGAAGAUUCACUCAAAAACAAAGUCAUAAGCUUGCAGAGGUCGUUGAGUUAUGAUCAUGUUUGUGACCGGGAUGAUGAAACUGGAAGUCAAAGUGGCUCUGCAGCAGGGGACAAAACGACGGCAGUGGGUAACGGCGCAGAGAUUUCUCUUCUCGGUUCUCUCGUUGGCCGCAAACAUUGCAAGAAGCAGCUGGAACCGGCCGCCCCGCCAUCCAAGCUGGAACCGGCCCGAUCCGCCGAGUCGGUUCCGCUCUUCUGGAAGUCGGCGAGCGUUCACAACUUAACGCACGAAAAGAAACCCGUGCACCUGCGGACCUCCAUCAUGCAGAAGUCUCUCAGUGUGAUCGCCAGCGCCAAGGAGAAGAUGCCGGGGCUGGGCAACAAGACGCAGAGUGCGGAGGACGCCAGCAAAAAAGGUCUGAAGGGGCAGGAGGGGAGGACGCUAGCCGAGGUGGACGAAACUCCUGAACAUUAUCCCAAAAUGAUCGUCAGCCAGUCCGUGGAGUAUUCCAAGACACCCAUGAAGAUGGGCAUCAUGAAGCAGCAGGUGAGCGGUAGCCAGCCAUCCAUUUGUUCCGAAACCGGCAGGAACUUGUACGACGUGUCUGAAGUCGCUCCCUGGGAGAUGGAGGAGCCUCGGACGCCGUCGGAAGCCAAGACGCAGAAGCACGUGUCCAUCGCCCCAGAGCAAACCGACGCAGGGCGAAGAGGAAGUAGCAGCUCUGGCGUCGGAAAAUGUAGUCGGUCUCAGCAGAAGCAGAAAACCGGGCAGUCUCCUUCAAACAGACGACGCUCCAAGGAUAGAGGAGGACAACGGGAGGAGAGCAGGGAAACACGGAAAUCUCGCGGACCCAGGUCGCCUCUGCCCCUCAAGCCGGAUGUGAGCGCCUGGGAUUUUGACGUGCAGCCCAUGCUCGCCGGGGUCUCAGAGUCCAUUUCCCCAGACAGAAUCCGGCGUAAAAAGAGCGUCACGCCGACGGACGGGAAGCCCAAGGCGCUCCGCUCGGACCGCUCCAAGUCCACGGGAAGCCUACUGCAGCCUCCCUCCUCGAUGGUCGAGAUCUGCCCGUGGGAUUACGGCGGCGCGGCCUCGCCCGAGCAGGAGAAGACCUGCAGCAGCCCUUCCGCGCGCAAGAAGAAACGGAAAGGCUCCUGCUCAUCCAACCAUAAAGCGGACAAGGACAAAGGGAGGGAGAAAACCCGGGAACGACGGAGCUCCUCCAGCAAGCCGCCGGCAGAGAGAAGGCGUGUCAGCCAGUCAUCCGAGUGCGGCGGGGCGGUCUCCGAGCGGCGUUGCGGCUCCGCCAAAGACCCGGAGGGGGCAGAGGUCAGGAGGGCAGAGAUAAACGGCACUUUUGCUCAGACUAAAACCUCCAGCGACAGGAAGAAAGAGCGCUAUCGCGAGGCUGCAGUCGGCAGCGGUCCAAAAAUGGCUGACGUGUGUCCCUGGGACGUUGAGGACCAAGACCCCGCAGAGAGGGCAUGAUGACCGCUGUCAUGAUUUCCCAUUUGUAUUCGCAGACUCGCAGCGCACGACCGAGCAAAGCUUCGAAUGUCGGCGAAGAACCCAAAGGCGUCAACGUCGUUCACGCGGUCGUUCACGGGGAAUGUGGCAUUUCCCCGAAGUACGUUCUUCGGCACGACUGUUUGUGACGUGCUCGAGCAAAACUAUUUGGGAUGUUGUGUGGUCACCAAUAGAGCAGGAAUAAGUUGCGUCACGGCUUUCCAUGCGCCUUGCACGCGUGUUCCCGUAGCCGUGGCCACAUCCAAAGUGGCGGCGCAGCGGAAGUGCUUUGACAUUUGUUUUUGUUUUGCUUUUUUUCUUCAAUUUGGACCAUCGAAUCUGAGACAAUCGUGACAAUGCAUCGAUGCGUAUUGGUUAUUUUCCCAACGUUGCACGCUCUGCAGAACGGGACGUGAGACUGGAGCCCAGUUUGAGGGACGGGGCAAUUUCGUAGGAAGGCCGUGGCGCAGUGGCGCGGUGGCCAAUCGGAAUAUCAUCCGGUCGUCCGAAUUGAAGGUAACGCCGCAGGGAGUGAGUGUGAAAUGUCUUUUCUUUAUUCGCAGCAGCGGCAGCGCGCUUGUUUUCCUGCACAUCCGAUUACUACGUAAAUGAAAAACAAAUCAUGGAAUAUUGCUCGAGCGCACGCAAACAAAGUUUCUUUAAGAAGUCCUGAGAAAGAAUCGAAUCCAAUAAUAUGAUAUAAGUGACGGAUUAAUGUAAGGCCAACAGGAUAUCACUUUUGACCAAAAUGUUGUCAGCGCUUACAUGAUUUGUGCAUUAGGUUUUUGAAUGCGAUUUGUUCUUAUCUCAGACAGUGGCGGUUCUAGACCAAUUUGAAAUGGGGGGCUUUUGUCAGUGGGGCACACUUAAGCACACGCAAGCGCGCUAUAUUGUCUUAAUUGCUUCACUGUAUUUAUUCAUUCAUGGCAUUUAUUAAUUGUAUGAAUUUGUUUUUUUUAUUGUAUCCAGCACAUUCUUUCAUUUCAUUUCAUUUCAUUUCAAAGCGUGAGCAGGCACCAGGGCCACAAAUGCUUCCUUCAGCUCAACUGGCAGUGAUGCUUAUUGCUGACUGAGCCCCACUGAUGUCCACGAAAACGAUGCAAACAUUCGCAAGUUGCUGAUUUGCCGAGAUCAGACGACAGGGUUUUGUCCCCGAUAUUGGCCCGAUUAACUAUUUCCCGGAUUGGACCCGUCAUAUUUGGUCGGCACGACAAAACUUCUCGCAGUGUGACAUCAUCCACGACCAACGAUUUGGACCUACGACGCCCAAAUGCGAAGUCUAGCGUGAUAGAUUUUUGGGCUACCUUCCGUGCAGUGUGACAUUUUAACGAAAACCCUUCCGACAGCGCGCCUCGAUGUCGACCGAUAGGAUCGCGAUUGCGACCGGCGCCUCGCCUCGCCUCGCCUCCUGUGCUGUGCUGUGCUUGCCGUCGUCAACAUACUCGGUUGCCAUCCUCUAACAUUUAUUCUCGCGCGCGAACCAACGUUGACUGAAGCUUCAGAGCGUGAUUGGACAGAACGCCGGCUUGUUUACAUACAAAUGUUAGCGUUAGCACUAGCUUGCCCGGCUACAUAACAUUUUGUCGCCCGCUUGCGAGCCUUGUCGCAUUAAAAAUACGUGAGCACACCUCAAGCUCUUCUUGAAUGGACAGCUGACUCCCGAGCGCCGGUUUGUCCUCCUUUGAUUUUUUGAUUUUUGAUUUUUGGGUCCUUAUUGGCCGUUACAGUUUGACUGUGUCACAGUGGACUUGUUAAGCUGCCACACUGCUACUGUUCAUCUUUCCGCAGCCCACAUUUCUUUUACGCAAGCGAACGGGAAUCUUACUUGGAUUGUUUUCAUCUCGUUGACACAACAAUGUCAAACAAUGUCUUCGCCCGAUCAUUCUGUUGGACUUCGAUGUUCGGGUUCCCCGAAGAGCUGAUGACGCACUGGUCCUAGUGGGAGCUUAUUUCAGUCCAUUAAAUCCUAAAACAUUGUUAGAAAGAAGACCAACAACUUUAUUCGUAGCAUGACGAUGACGAUGACGAUGACGAUGACGGUGUGCGUGUGUGCGUGUGUGCUUAGAAGAAAUAUUGUCGUCCAGUCUUCUUCUACGGUCCGUUGGCACCUCGGAAAAGCCCAAUUGCAUGCGGCGUAUCCGAGUGUAUUUGGCUUUACUUUUUGCAACUGUGGAAUUAUUAAUGUUGUUACGCUAUUUGUCUCCUAGUGCACCACGGGAAAUGCACACCUUUUGUGCACUUACUAUGUUUUAUGUAUUGAUGACACACACAAAUAUUGCAGACAACUUGCAGUUAUAAACGAGCGUGGAAAGCAUCCGCGAGGGUCUGUUUUGCGUUUCCAUGUCGUAACUGUGCCCUCCUCUUGAAAACGUCCCUCAUCAUUUUCUACCCUCCGCGCCGUUAUGUUACAUUUUGACCAAAUCCCUCCAUUUUUUUAGCGCUUGUCCUCAUUAGGAUCGUGGAACCGUAGAAAACCCAGAGAAGCGCGGAGAGAACUUGAAAACACCGCACAGGGAGAGCCGAGCCAGGAUUGCGAUCUCAGACGCACGUGCUGACCAUUCCCGAUGUGCAAGGACUGAAAUACGAUGAAUACUGGAUGACUUCUAUCACUUUUUCACAUUUUGAUUGCACUUUGUUAAAUCCGUUUGCAUACAUUUGAAUUCUGUACAUGGCAUAGUUAUUUCUGAGUCGCUGGGACAUCAUCAAGAGUCAAUCUUGCGAGCCGCCAUCACGCUAAAUGAUUCACGAGAGCCACUUCACCGAACAGCCACAAAUGCGGAGAAUGUGCAAGAGGAGUUAUAUUUCAAAUCAAAGUCGGUGUUUCUAUAAGAUGUCAUUUCAUUUCUCACUGCUCAUUGACUUUUCGUCGUGUUGAAUGUGCAAACUCCCUUUUUGUAACCAAAUAACCAUUUACUUCUCACUGAUGUUUUUCUAAAGCGGCCCUUAAAUCCACGUUUUGUUCAGUAUUUUCUGCUUGUGAUCUGGUUUCAUCAUCAUGGUUUCAACUUCCACGUGGAAGUGUUUCUAUGUGACUCUUCAUAUUGUGUUGCAUGUAUAUACACUGUUCUUAAUUCAGAAUGAAAUAUUUCUAUUAAAACUCAGUGUUCACUGA